GAUCGCAUUGUCUUGUCAACGAUGGCAGCACUGUUUUGACGUGUAGUGUAGUGUUAAGGAACCCAACCCAGAUUAAGUACAUUUUUGGAAAUUCUUCUCAUUAAUAUAUUUUUGCCUCUAAAACGAAAAAAUGCAGACCAUUAAAUGUGUGGUGGUAGGCGAUGGGGCGGUGGGUAAAACUUGUUUAUUGAUAAGUUAUACGACUAAUAAAUUUCCUUCGGAGUACGUACCGACCGUAUUUGAUAAUUAUGCAGUGACGGUUAUGAUUGGAGGGGAACCUUACACCCUGGGCCUUUUCGAUACGGCUGGUCAGGAAGACUACGAUCGACUUCGUCCCUUAAGUUAUCCUCAAACGGAUGUGUUUUUAGUCUGUUUUUCUGUAGUUAGUCCUUCGUCUUUUGAAAAUGUCAAAGAAAAGUGGGUACCCGAAAUAACCCAUCACUGUCAGAAAACUCCGUUUCUACUGGUAGGCACACAGGUAGAUCUCAGAGAUGACGUAACGACCAUUGAAAAAUUAGCGAAAAAUAAACAGAAACCAAUUUCCGUCGAGCAGGGUGAAAAGUUAGCGAAGGAACUGAAAGCGGUCAAGUACGUAGAGUGUUCGGCCCUAACGCAAAAAGGUUUAAAAAAUGUAUUCGAUGAAGCAAUUUUGGCCGCGUUAGAACCGCCCGAGCCCGUUAAACGCCGAAAGUGUGUCAUUUUGUAGACUUUCAGAUUUGAAAAUCGAAUUCUGUUGAGUUUAAAGAACUGCAUUUUUUUAUAUUUAAAGAAAGAAUUUUGUAUAAGGUAGUGUUUCCAGUAUAGGUGUUUGAUCGACUUAUAUAAAAAACACCAACAGUAUCUUCCCGUUUUUUGUAAAAAUAUCAUUAGGCACAAAUUGGUAACCUUUUUUAGGGUCGAAUUUUUUAUCGAACAUACAUUUGUGGUUGAAAAAUUGUAGAAGUUUGAUGUCUUUUCGGAUCACUAAUAUCGAGUGUUUUAAUGCAUUUGUUUUCAAUUCUAAACUUUGUCCGCAUUUGCUUUAGCUAGACUAAUGGUGCUAAUUAUAAAUGCCGUUUUUUGAACAUUUUUUCUAGCUUUACGAACUUUGAUUAGUCACAAUAUCAUUUCAAAUUCACCUCGGUUUGUAAUGUACAUUAGAACUAAUAAAGAAAAUCAACUUUUAUAUGACUUGAUAGUACGUGUAAAUAAGGGUGUACGAAUGAGUGAAUGAUCGAUCGUUAGCAUAUUAUUAUAAGUUAAUCAAUAAAAGUGGUAUAUUUAUUUUUAGUUUUCCAUAUAGCAUUUUUAGUACAAUUAAUAUUAAAUAGCUUGUGGAGUACAUUGUUAGAUUACGAUAUUUUCAAAAAACUGCAUAUAUUAUUUAUAUUAGAAAUUAUUUAAGUAUGUUGUGAUGAAUGACAGAAUAGUCCGAAAGAACUAUUCUCUUAUUGUAUUAAUAAGAAUAAUAUUAACAAUAAACAUUUAUAUAUGUAUAGAUUUUUAUGUAUUUUUUUUCUUUGAAACGUCAUUAAACUGUUGGUUUCAACAGAAUGGUGCACCAUCACACACCGCCAUAAUUGUGCGAGAAUACCUAUCAGAAAAAAUUUCCAUUUUUCAGGAAAUUUGCCUGAUGGGUAUUUUCGGACGAAUAGGGCAUUGUGCGCGGUUGUACUAUUCUAUUGCAACCAAAAUGCUACUCAAUACA